AUGAAUGUGGCAUUGGUCCGUGCCGUAUGCCGGCCCGUCCGCGUCAACCCGACCGAGAGCCUCGGCGUCUGCGGUGGACACUGGCAUGAGAUCGACGGUGCGGAGAAGGCCACGUGCCUCGCGUUCAACCCAUGGGGCACGCUGCUCAGUGUCGGCGAGAAGGAGGGGUUGGUGAUCCUGUGGGAUUUUUCGUCGAUCCCCAACAUCAUCCGCGAACUCGGUCCGAAGACGGUGUCGUCGUCCAUUCCCGAUAUCAAGCAAGCGACAUCGUGUGCAUGGUCACCGGACGGACGCAUCCUUGCCGUCGCGUGCGAGCUCAAAGCCGCGUCGGGAUCAGCUCGGAAAGGCACGUUGUUGCUGUGGGAAGUGGCGACGUCGACGCUCAUCGCGGCCGUGGCAUGCGAUUCCGUGGCGACCCACGUCGUAUUCCCUCCGCUGUCCAUCCAGUCCCCUCUUUGGACUUUUUUCAACGUUGUUGGCUUGGCGCUCAUUCGAAAGGGCGCAAACAGCUACAUGUCGACGUCCAUGUCUUCCAUUCGGUCCGCACGACCGUAG